AUGAGUCGUAAAAGGCUGCGAUCGCCGGAGGUGGUUCAGUAUUGGCUUAUGAAAUCUGAGCCGAAUAAGUUUUCUAUUGAUGAUCUAAAAGCGAGUGGAUGCUCUCCCUGGGAUGGUGUGCGUAAUUACGCGGCGCGGAACAACAUGAAGUCAAUGAACAUCGGUGAUCGUGUCCUGUUUUACCAUAGCAACGCGAAACCCCCAGGUGUAGUGGGUCUCGCCUCUGUCACGAGAACAGCGUACCCCGACCAUACAGCGUUGGACUCUUCUUCAGAGUACUACGAUGCCAAGGCGAGUGAGGACAAAAACCCGUGGGAGAUGGUCGACGUCCAGUUUGAGGAGAAGUUCCAUUCUUUGGUUUCUCUGGAGCAGUUAAGGGGCGAGAGCGUAUUGCGCAACAUGCAGUUGUUCUCAAGAUCGAGACUAAGUGUGCAGCCUGUGACACGAGGUGAGUAUGAGCAUAUCGUGUCGAUUGGACGAAAGAGCAGAGUGCCAAUAUAUUGA